AUGGUGGCUUUGGAGAGGGAAGCAGAACGAGAAGUUGGUGAUCAGGAAGGGAAGUUGGCUGUUGGAAUGAUUUUCAGAACAAGAGAGGAUUUCAAGCAGCAUAUGGCCUUAUAUGCAAUCAGCCAGAAGUUUUGUUUCCGAAAUGCAAAGUCCGAUCCAACAAUGAUGAUCCUAAAGUGCUGCGGAACGGGGUGUCCAUGGCGCGUCUAUGCGGUUCGGUUAAAGGAUUGUGAUGUGUUUGAGAUAAGAACCUACGAGAGUAGGCACCAGUGUUCAAUAGACGAGCGUGGAGGUUACCAGGAUCAAGCCACGGCUUCUGUUAUUGGCAUGCUAAUGAGGGCAAAGUUUGCUGAUAAUGUACAAGGGUCGUGUAAUGCAUCGUACAUUCACUUGCCAUCGUAUCUGAACAAGCUUGUGACCGUGAAUCCAGGAACCAUAGCCAAUCUUUGCACAGAGCCCACAGAUGAUGGAGGACACCGCUUCAAGUACAUGUUUGUGGCAUUGGGAGCUUCUGUGAAAGGAUAUCAGUAUAUGAGAAAAGUGAUUGUGGUUGAUGGGACUCACUUGAAAGGGAAGUACGCAGGUUGCUUGUUGACGGCCUCGGCACAAGACGGUAAUUACCAAAUUUUCCCGUUGGCUAUUGCAUCAUGGGAAUGGUUUUUCAAGCAACUAAAAACGUUUGUGACGAACAUUGGGGGUUUAGUGUUUGUGUCUGACAGGAAUUCUUCAAUUUACAAGGGCCUAAGCAAGGUAUAUCCUGACGCAGGGCACUGUAUAUGUAUCGUCCACCUAAAGAGAAACAUCCGGACAAAUUUCAAAGGAAGGCACCUGCCUUACUUGGUUGCCAAAGCAGCGAGAUCAUACCGGCUAGAGGACUUCUACAAAACGUUCAACGAAACAAAAGAAAUGGAUGCUGGCUGUGCAAAAUACCUGUUGGAUAUAGGGUUUGAACAUUGGGCAAGGUCCCAUUUUCCUGGAGAUAGGUUUGACAUAAUGACGAGCAAUUUAGCGGAGUCGUGGAAUGCAGUCUUAAACGAAGCGAGAGAGUAUUCGGUUAUCCGGUUGGUUGAUUACGUUAGAGGGAAGCUGACGGAGUGGUUUGCAAGCAGGAGAACUUCAGCAAAUAGGAAUAACAACGCCCUAUCGCCCCGUGUGCUCGGGAUUGUGACAAGAAACUUUGAGAUGACAGGGGGUUAUGAGGUAACUAAUAUUGCUGAUGGCGAGUUCGAGGUGCGGGACAAGAAGGGAGGAAGCUUUCAUGUGAAACUUGCUAACAAAACUUGUAGCUGUUUUGCGUUUCAGAUGCUCUGUAUCCCAUGUCCACACGCGAUAGCUGCGGCAUUACAGUCUGGUGUGUUGGUUGAGACUUUAGUGAUGGAAGCUUACAACGUAAGUAUGCUGAGGGGUGCUUAUCAGGAGAGGAUAGUACCGGUUGGGGAUUACAGUGGAUUUCCAGAGAAUGAUGCUAUUUUCAAUGGCCGGCGCCUUAGUCCUCCAGCAACGAGACGCCCCCCGGGUAGGCCGAAGAAACAUAGGUUCUUCUCGCGUGGAGAGAAACUGAUGAAAUGCGUCCGUAGGAGAAUUGUAUGCAGCAGGUGCAAGGGUCUGAACCAUAACAAAGCGACAUGCAAGCGUCCAAUAUAA